GUAGCGCAUUCCCCUACAGCAACAUGUAAUAAAUGAGCUAUGAGUCUUAUGACACAGGAAAGUACUAAACGCUGUGUUCCGGUCACGUGGUCAGAGAGGCAGACACGCCUACUGUCAGGCAAAGCAGGAAAUGCAGUGUGUGGUUAUGGCUGGGAACCGGGCCCUGCUUGUCUGCUGUGCAGCUCUUGCUUUUAUUAUAGCUCUGGAAAUAAGGGGAAUUCCUGUAGGUUUGAAUAAAGUUGUUCUUUGGGCUGGAAGAUUUAUCUUGUUUCUUGCUCUUGUUACCAUAAUAAUUUCAUUUGUAACUCCAUGGAUUUCAUGGAUUACAUGGAAGAACAUUUGUACUGUGCCACAAGAAGAAAAGGAAAGGCAGCAAAAGCUUUUAAGGGAAAAGCAGCAAGAACAGUUGAGUAAACGGGUUAAUUUGCAUGCUGAGAAUGUUCUAAAGCCACGUGAAGAACUGAAGCUUCAAAAGAAAAAAGAAAAAUAUGGUAAAACACAACGAUGGACAUUAUCUCAAGGCUACAGGCUAGGUGAGGCUGAGGAGGGUGUGAAUAAAUGCAGUGAUUCAGCCCAUGGCACAGAGAGUGCAAAUAAUGAGGCUUUAAGGAAAAGAAAACUACCAGAGCAAGUCACCAAGCCCUUGCCAAAAGAUGAGCAGCCCAAACCUAGAAAGGUCAUUGCUUUGCCAGAAGAACCUUCUGAAGUAGGGGAUGGGGUAAUUACCAUUGUCCUAAGAUGUCCAAGCGGGCGUGUUUUUAAAAGAAGAUUUUACACAUCCUGCACUUCAGAAGUUUUGUUGGAUUGGAUGAAGAAACUAGGUUACCAUCCAGUUAUUUAUACCAUCUACUCCACAUUUCCAAGAUGCCAGUUAGAACUCAAGAAUGGUUCAUCAUUAGAGGAUAUUGGGAUUUUAAAGGACAUGGUUUUGAAUGUUGAAAAAAAAGAUUCUUAAUAUGUUGAGUGGGCCGACUGAAUCUGAUGAUCAUUCCUGACCAACAGCAUCACCAUUUUUAUACUAGGGGGCAGAUUUACAAACAUUUGGAUUUUCAUGGUAUUAGAGUAUUUUGAAACCUUGACUAAACUCAUUUCCACAAUUUGAAUUGAUAAAGCACAAAUGUGGAAAAAAAUUUAAACUACGAAGAAAGAUCUCCCGGUUGUAAAAAAAAGACACCUGCCAUCGACUUCACAUGACCUUGACAGCUUUUAGAUGGCGUAUUUUUUUCUUUCUGAUUUGUCACAAUUUUGUUGCAUAUGAAUGGUGAAAAAAUAGUUUUUUGUGCAAAAAAUUACGAACCGUGAAAAAGAAAAAUUGAACUUUAGUAAAUGCACCCCUAGGUGUCAGUAUUAUACAUUUUAUAUCAUGUCUGUGUACAAUUUCACAGAGAUAUGGACAUUUAUUUUUAUAUUUUUUGGCCAAAAAUUCUUUGUAAGAGAUGUGCUUAAGUAACUAAAAGCUUCAGCAUUUUUUAACUUGCUCUAGCAGUCAAUUAUUUAGAGGCUGAUGGGUAAUUUAAAGCAUGAUGCUACAGAAGCUUGUUUUCUAAGCUACAUUCUUCCUGGAUCCUCUAUGGGCCAUAGAGUGAAAAGCUGGGUUGUCUUUUUGCUCUACUGCGCGUGAUGUCCUGGCCUGGGACCACAGAGAGAAUCCAAGAACAGGAAGAGUGGGGUGCCUAACAUUUUGGUUCCCCUCUUGUCAUUGUGCCUUUUCUUCUCCUUUAAUACUGAUUCCAAGAUCUUACACUGUACAUCAUUAUACUACAGAUAAGCCCAAAUGAGAGUCAGUUGCAUGUGUAGGUGCAACAAGCAGCAAGAGCUCCCUCGCCUCUCAGCACCUUAUUAUGUAAAGCAGAUGCAAUCGGCAGUAUGGUGCAAGAAACAAAUAUAAAGGGGCUUUAAUUCAUAAAUUAACUUCUCAUGUAAAGCACCAUAAAGUAUUAGAGCGAAAAUAGCUUUGGCACCAAAGAGGACUAUUUGGAAUAAUAAACAUAACAUGGUAUCCAUGACAGUUGAUAGCCAUGUUGAUAAAAAUGAUAUUUACCUCAACCUUCAGGAAAGACGUUAAUCCUUUUAAACUGAAAUUCGACCACACUUGGAGAUUUUAAGUGGGAUGCAGUAAGGCCCAGUAAAUGAAAUGCAUCUUUACUCCCCUGUAUUUAAAGGUAAAUAUAGUAAUAUGACAAUAAGGGAAACGAAAGAGAUACUUCUAGUUAGCUUGAAUUCUGCUUUCAAAUUAACGUAUCCUACGAGUAUAUAAACAUCAUGUUUUGCUCACACUCAUUCUAUCUAAAGCCAGUAUACAAGUACAGUAUAUGGACAAUUGCCUAGCCACCUGCCCAUCUCAUUUUUUAAAACACAUUUAAAGGGGAACUCCAGCUUCAGAAACAUAAUUUGUUAAAGAGCCCUACAUAACAUAGAUAUCCCUAUUAUACCUAUCACUGUAAUCUCUUCCUUCAAAAACUAUGAAUAAAUACCUUUUUUAUAUGCUGAAA